UGAAUUGUACUGCGGUUGCGCGCGGCACAAUGUUGUUACGGUUGGUGACGCGAUUUGUAAAGAAAGAGAAGGGUGUAGAAAAUAUAUAAAGAGAGAUGGAGGAGAGCCUUACAUUUAGCCUCCACUUAAGCACAUUUUCUUAGGUUAAAAGCUAACCUACGCGUGUAGCUAUAGUUUUAGUUUUGGAAGCCGGAGGGGAAACCAACGUUAGCUAGUCAACAUCACCCUAUGUGAUCUUCCUUCCCCGCCGCAUGCUGUUACGGUCAGAGCCAGACAACAAAAUAGCUAAUCGCCAUUAUAUGACCCAGUACCUAGCGUCAUUAUUACCCUCCAUGUGGGUGAGGGACUUGUGUGUGUCAGAUUAUGGCGAGAAAAACAGUUAACAGGAAAAGGAAGGCAGGGGAGUCCAAGGACCAACAACAGGUGGGCUGCUGCCAGUCUGCGUGCAAGCGGACACGCGUGUCUUCCUCGUCCCGGCACGCCCAGCAGUGGUGGCGUAGUCUGCGCUCGGUGGUGUACGCACUCCAGGGCCGGGAGAUCCGGCCUCAGCAGCAGCAUGAGUGGCGUCUCCAGCGUAGCUUGCGGGGCUUUGCUGCCGGCCGCCUCCCGGGCAUCCUGAAGGAGCGAGAGUUCUCCCUGGGCCGCCUCAACAAGGUGUUCGCCUCGCAGUGGCUCAACCACCGCCAGGUGGUGUGUGGAACCAAGUGCAAUACGCUAUUUGUGGCAGAUGUUCUGACAGGGCAGAUUACACGCAUCCCCAUGCUGAAGGACCGGCAGGACCGAGGAGGUGGCUCCGGGGGUGUUGGGGGGACAAUAGGGGCCCCCUUCCUCGGAAGUGGCUCAGUGUCCGGGCUGGAUCAGCAAGGCUGUGGGAUCCACGCCAUCGAGCUUAACCCCUCAGGCACUCUGCUGGCCACGGGUGGAGACAACCCCAACAGCCUGGCUGUCUACCGGCUGCCCACCCUGGACCCCGUCUGCGUGGGAGAUGAUGGCCAUAAUGACUGGAUCUUCUCCAUUGCAUGGAUUAGCGACAGCAUGGCGGUGUCUGGGUCCCGGGACGGUUCCAUGGGACUGUGGGAGGUGUCCGAAGAGGUGCUGAGCCAGGCUAUGAGACAGCAGGAUGAGGAGGGGGUCCCCUGCUACUCUCAUAUCUCACACCGUGCCCUGGAGGACAUCCCCAAGGAAUACACUAACCCGUACAACUGCAAAGUGAGGGCCCUGGCCUUCAACAACAACCACAAGGAGCUUGGUGCAGUGUCCCUGGAUGGCUAUUUUCACCUUUGGAAGGCAGAGCAAAACUUGAGCAAGCUGCUGUCAACGAAGCUGCCUCACUGCAAGGAGAAUGUGUGUCUGGCGUAUGGUCAGGACUGGUCGGUGUACGCAGUGGGCUCUCAGGCCCAUGUGUCCUUCCUGGACCCCCGCCAGCCCACUCACAACAUCAAAUCAGUCAGUUCCCGGGAGAGAGGAAGCGAGGCAACACGAGGUAUCCGCUCUGUGAGUUUCUAUGAGCACAUAGUGACAGUGGGCACGGGACAAGGCUCCCUGCUGUUCUAUGAUAUCAGAGCCCAGAGGUUCUUGGAGGACCCUUCCAGCCCGGCCGGCGGGUUCCGGCAGCGCCCAGGAGAGGGCAUUCUUAAACUCACCACAGGGAAGGGCUGGCUGAAUCACGACGAGACGUGGAGGAGCUACUUCUCGGACAUUAACUCGUUCCCCAACGCUGUGUACACACACUGCUACGACGACUCUGGCACCAAGCUGUUUGUGGCCGGCGGACCGCUGUGCUCGGGCCUUCAUGGCAACUACGUAGGACUCUGGAGCUAGCCUUCUCUCGUGUCUCGCCAUCUCUCCUUACCCAACCCCAGCUGCUCCUCCUUUUGGUGUUACACUCACUCAGUCAUCCCUUCAGUGUUGUCCCUCCCUCCCUCACCAACAUGUAUCUCGUCACCAUCUCUUUGUUGCAUCCCUCCAUCCUCCCUUGUACUUUGUCCUGUCUUCUUUCAGUUCCCUAGUCUCUGCUCCCCCUUUCAGUUCCCCAUCAAUAUAUAUUGAUGAUUAACCAGUGAUGUUGUAGCGAGCUGGGAGGUCUGCCUCUAAGAAACUCAAAUGAAAGUGUAACGUUUUAUUACAAUUUUCAACAGUUACAUACACUCCCUGGAUUGGACAGUUUUUUUGUUUGUUUUUUUCCCCCUAAGGAAAGUUGUUUAUUUUGCUUUCAGAUGCCCUACUGGCAUCGACAGUUUCCUUGCGUGGACAUUCGGGAGACUUUUUCCCCUUCCCUUCUCUCUCUGAAAAAAAAGGGGUGUGAUAUAAAAGAGGACAAUAAGUUCUUAAGGCUGGAACAAACAGGAGAGUACUUACACUUUUCUAAGAAAUGUAGAGAGGACAUGCUCAUUGGCUGGUAUGGGACCACCCUGUGCCAUGGCAACUAAAGAGCCGUAGCGAUGGAAAAACGAUCCAAUCAGACCUGAGGUGAGAAGAAGCAGUGGAUGAGUACAACCAAUCAGAUAGCGCCGGCCACUUCUUUUUUUGACUGAUGUGAAGGAGGGAUGACUGUAGAUACUAAAUGCCACAUAGGUGUUCUGCUCUGAAUAAUCAUGGACACUGCUUAUUUUAUUUAGAUUCUGACUGAUUUGAAAAACGUACACUUGUUAUCGCUAUUAGCGUUAUUAUUUAUUUUCCCCCCUCUCACUAUCACCCUUAGCUAUGGUCUUAGGCAGGGGUAUUCAACACCAGUCCCGUGCGGAACGCAGUGUCUUCUGGUUCUUCCCCCAGUUAGUGGUCUGGUCAUGGCAGUGGUUGUCCAGGGAUUCCCUUGUUAGGCCACGUGGAGUUGUUGGCCUUUUGCUGAGACAUUCCCAAUAGUAACGGGUCUGGGCCCGGUUUCCCCAAUGCAUCUUAAGGCUUGGUUCGUUGUUAGAACCUACGUAGGAGCAUCGUUAAAUGUCCGACCUGUUUCCCAAAACCAUCGUCACUAAAGUUGCACAAGAAAAGGAUAGUUAUUUAACGACUGCCUCAGACCACUCGUAGAACAGCAAAGUGCGUCUUUUUAAAUGUUUUUUUUGCCCUUCCGCGUCACUUUUUUUUACACAGAUCUCCGCUCAACACAAAAUCAAGAUGUUUAUCUGUCUUUCUGUUACCACUGAUAACUUCAGAACGAAUGUGACUACAAAUACAAAGUUGCCAAUGUCUUUGCAAUUGUUAUCAACAAGCGAAGGAUAUAAGAUUCUUCAAACGAAAACCGAGAUGUCUGAAUUAAAUGAUAAAUACACUAGGCUACAUAUAGACCUAUAUAUUGAAAUACAUUUAUCAAUUGAGUUUAGCUAUUUAUACGCGACUUUACAUUUUUUGCCUCAAUAGAUUUAAUGUGUGUCUACAUUAGCUCAAUGAUUUAAAUACGUAUAUUAUUUUUGGUACCUUUACCCCUUUUUCUCCCCCAAUUUCAUGAUAUCCAAUUGGUCUUGUCCCAUCGCUGCAACUCCAUUACGGACUCGUGAGAGACGAAGGUCGAGA